AAAAAAAGUGAAGUUGUAUAAAAAAAAUAAAAAUUUAAAUUUUUAAUAAAAAAUAAUAUUUUAAAGCAAUAUAAAGUUAUUAUUAACUGAUUGUUUUGAAAAAUGGUGCCAGUAACAGUGAUAUUAAUUUACAUCGUUGUUGCAUCGUUUCUGGUUUAUACGUUCAGAAACAAAAAACCGUUAAAGUGGAGUGACUUUUUCCUGAAUGGAUUUCCGAUGUUAAAAGUUAUUAAAAACGAUAAUAUUUAUUGCAUUCCUGGACCUUUGAGGUUACCCUUUAUUGGAACUAAAUGGCAACAAAUAAAGAUGAAUAAACUUCAUGAAUAUUAUGCAGAUUUAAAUAAAACAUAUGGUAACAUUGUGAUGGAAAUGAACGGUAAUAUACCUGUGAUAUCAUUAUUUAAGAGAGAAGAUAUUGAGAAAGUUCUUCAGUUUAAUUCAGCUUAUCCAUUUCGACCACCAACUGAAAUUGUAUCAUUUUAUCGGCAAAAGCAUCCAGAAAGAUAUUCUUCACUUGGUCUAGUAAAUGAACAAGGACCACAAUGGGCGAAAUUACGAUCGAAACUUACACCAAAAACAUUAGAAAGUAAGCGCAUGCUUUCGACAUUCUGUCCCGAACUAAACGAAAUUUGUGAUGAAUUUAUCAAUGCGAUAAAGCAAAAAAGAAAUGCCAACAAUGUGCUAGAAAACUUUGAUGACCUUAUGAAAAUGAUGUCGCUUGAAGCAUCUUCUAGUUUGAUUCUUGGACGUCGAAUGGGAUAUUUACAGGAAUCUGGAGAGAAUAAUGAAAAUUUUAUGGAACUAGGAAAUGCAGCAAAAAAUAUUUUUGCAAUAUUCCGUGAUGCAUUUUAUGGCAAUUGCCUGUGGAAGUACUUCCCAUCAAGAAUUUACAAAGAAUAUGCCGCGAAUGAAGAGAAGAUUUACAAUAUAAUUUUAGAGAUUAUUAAGAAUACUAUCCAGAACAAUGAGUUUAUGGCUCAAGACAAGGAAAAUGAAAGUAUAUUAGUGAAAAUCUUAAAAACAGAAGGGCUUGAUAUUCGGGAUAAAAUUAGUGGUGUUAUAGAUUUUUUGACAGCAACUCAAGUAUUAUCACAUACAGCUAUUUUCUUGUUGAGUUUUAUAUCUUCAAAUGCGGAAGUGCAAGAGAAAAUAUUUCAAGAAUCUUCUCUGCUAAGUGAAAAUCCAUCUUUAGACGAACUAAACAAGGCUCAUUAUACACGUGCAGCUAUUCAAGAAAGUUUUAGGAUAUCACCUAGCGCAUUUGCAGUUGCCCGAAUUCUCGAACAAGAUUUCAAUUUGUCAGAAUAUCACGUAGAAGCUGGCAACAUUGUGCUGUGCCACAAUAUGAUUGCAUGCAACAAUGAAGAAAAUUUUGAAAAUGCAAAAGAAUUUAUUCCUGAAAGGUGGUUAAAUGAAAAUGGAGAAAUGAAUCCAAAUCAACCUACAAACUCAUCAAUCGUAGUUCCUUUUGGUUGUGGAAGACGAACAUGUCCUGGAAAGAAGUUAUCAGAGAUGGAACUCGUUAUAUUGGUGAUAAAACUUGUAAGAGAAUUUAAGAUUGAAUAUAUGUCACCAUGUGAGCAGCAAUUUGAGUUUGUAUUAGCACCUCGAGGACCAAUUAAUAUAAAGUUUGAAAAUAGGGUAUAGAUUUUUGUAAUAUAAAUUGAAUUUAUUUAAGUACAUUUAAGCAUUUAUUUAAUAAAGUUUAAAACAAUAUAUGACUAGUAAUAAUUCUUUUUUAAUAAGAUAAAGCUCGUGUGAAAACUCAUAAUUUCAAUUUAGCUGUGAAAAAAAUCAUAAUUAUAUAUUUUGAUAAUGCACACAUAUCAAAUUGCAAUUAAUUUUGUGUAAUAUAUAUUUAAUUAGCCAGAAAUAAUAAACAUUUAAAGUUGUCGAAAAAAAUACAUUUUUUUGCUCUUUAAAAUUAAAUGCUUUAAUUUGCUCUUUGAUAAUAGCGCGGAACGCCUGAGUGGGAUGUUUUUGGUCGCGAUGUCUUUAUGCGCGAAGCAAUUGGUUCUGUUAAACCAUCAAUGUUGUAGCUUAAAUAUACAUGACUCAAAUCAAUAUAAUCUUUAUCUUCUUUGGAAUGCUUUUGCUGCUCAUUUAUAUUUUUGCGCAUAUUAUUACCGGUGUAAGCUACACAUUUCAAUUGCCAUUCACCAAUUUCUUCGUUCCAAUAUGUAAAUUUAUCGAUUAAAGUUUGAUAUUCCUUUGGUAUAUAGUUAUUUAUGACAAGUUCACAUAAUGCCAAUUCUCGUGACAAACUACGAAUAUUUUCGUAUAUACCUUCCUUUUCUCUUUGCUGUUCUUGCUGCUGAUCAGCAAGUUCUGAUUUUAAGCCCAUAAGCAUUUGCAUUACCUUCUGUAAUUUUUUUGUCUUUCCAGUACAUUCUUCUUGCAAUGAAGAAUAUCUUUCUUCAAUGUCAAUUCGUUCAGCUUCAAUUUUCUGUAAUGUUUGUUGCAGUUCUUGCUCUUUUUUAUUGGUUUCCUCAAGUUCAGCAACUGAUUUUUCCAACAGUUGUUCCUGUUGAUAUGCUUUCUCUAGCAAAUUUUCACCUCCAAUAAGAAUUUUAUUUUCAAGAGAUUGCAAUUUAGCCCUUAUCAUGUCCUGUUCGGUUUGUGCAACUUUGAGAGCAUUUUCAUGUUCCUGAACUUUUUUCUCAAGCAAUUCUUUCUCUGCGUCAGACUUUUCUUUCUGCAUUUCAUCUUUUUUAGCUUUUGAUUUUCGUUUCUUAGUGCUUUUUUCCUUUUCAUUUUCUUCGAUUUCAAUAUCAGAAUUUUCAUCCUCUUCAACGUCCUCGACAUUCUCAUCGCCGUCAACUUCAACCAAAUUUGCAUCGAAAAUUCCUUCUUCUAAUUGACGUUUAAGUUCCUCGAUUUCUUGUUGGAAAUGUUUUAAAAGAGCAUCUUUUGGAUCUGAAUUAAUGUGAGUAUGAUUCUGAAUACUUUUAGCACGGCCAGCAUAGCGAAGUGUAGAAAUUGUUUCCACAUAAUUCGUGUCUGAUGGUGAAAUUGUAGCAAACAUUAAAGUUUUAGCAUUGCCGCCAAGAGAAUCUUGAAGCAAUCGAGUAAGUUUAGAGUUGCGAUAUGGAAUAUGAGAACUUUUUCCAUCAACUAAUGCACUAAUAACAUUUCCCAAGACAGACAGCGACAAAUUAAUUUUAGUUGCUUCCUUUAGUCGUAUGCCACUAGCCUGAGUUUUUUGCUGUCUUUCACUUCCAGCGAGAUCAACUAGUUGGAGUUUACCCAUCUUGACUUGUUGAUUACCAGCUUCGUCAGUAGUACUUGACUCAAUAGUAAUCGAAAAAAUCGCAUGAGAUCGUGAAGAAACGCUAUUAACCAAAGUUGAUCCAACUGCGCGAUUUUUAUUUCCCAAUUUCAUGAUGUUAUCUAAAUCAUCAGCAUUAUGGACAACAUAUCCUGAGAGAUCUUUAACGAAAACACCAAUAUCGGAUCUCUCCUUGACUUCUAAGCUUUUAUUAAUUUCUUUUCCGAGCAGGUCACGAACCUCUUCAUUAUAUAUUU